AUGAGAAAAUGGGGAAUCAAGUAUGCAGUUGUAGUCAUCAAUUAUUUUACCAAGUGGACAGAAGCUGAGUCACUUGCAAUCACAUCUAAAAAAGUCCUUGAAUUUGUGUUCAAGAAUAUCAUCUGUCGCUAUGGAUUGCCAAAGAAGAUUGUUUCAGAUAAUGGAACACAAUUUGAUAACGACAUAUUUACUAAAUUAUGCGAGCGACAUGGAAUUACUAAAAGCUUAUCUUCUAUUGCACAUCCACAAGAAAAUGGACAAGUUGAAGCUGUGAAUAAAACUUUGAAAACACAAUCAGAAAAAUGCUCGAAUAAGCUAAAGGUGCAUGGCCAAAAGAACUACCUGAGAUGCUUUGGAUGUAUAGAACAAGACAUCAAGCAACAACUAGCCAUAUCCCAUUUUUCUUAA